AUGCUUCAUAGUGAGCAGUUACUUUUGAUUGUUGUGCCACAGGAUCCUGAACAUCCAAGAAAUCUCAUUCCUGAGCUGUGUCGGCAGUUUUACCAUCUAGAUUGGGUCACAGGGACAGGAGGAGGGAUAAGCAUUAAAUAUGGGUUAGUAAGUUUUAUGGUUUUAUGGUAAAGCCUGGUUUUCAUAUGUCGGGAAAAUCCCAGAUGAUCAGGGAUUUUACUGUUUCUCGACUGUCCCAGAUUUUGCUGACUAAUGAAAACUCGAAAUUGUAGAUAUCCCCGAUCAUCAGGAAUGGAUGGGGACAAAUCUGGAUAAUCAGGAGCGUUUCUAUUUUCCCGACUUGUCCUAGAUUUCUGCUAUGGUCGGCGAUCUUUCCCAACAAAUGAAAACUCAAAUUUGUACCGUCGAGGACAUCGGCAAUGGAUUUCGCUCAUUACCAAUCCCCUAAAUUGCUGGGUUCAAGUCCCCUAUCACACAUAAACAUGGCGUCUCUGCGACAGACUUGUGGCAAUUAUCCUUUAUAUCGGCAAAAUCUGGGACAGUCAGCAAAAAGCAAAAUCCCUGAUCGUCUGGGAUUUUCCCGACAUAUGAAAACCAGGCUUAAUGCACUUUAUGUACUGUUGCAUUAAGUAUGGGUAUUAUUAUAGGUCGGUUCUGCAAGCUAGCAAGGUGAAGGGAAUCCUUGUUUCCAAUUACCUACCUGAGCAGGCAAGACAGGCCUAUCUUUCCCAAUCAAGGACUUGGUUAUGUUUUUGGUCACACGUCAGGACCAAUCUGAUACCAGAUUGGUCCUGGAGUUUUGAGGGGUGAAUGCAAAAUAAUAAUUAAGAUAAAAUAAAAAAAUAAAUGGGUCCUUCUGUAAGUACUCAAGUCCAGGUUAUGUAAAACAAGUUGCAUUUGCUUUUGGUUCUUUUGUGCCCCCAAAAGAGUUUAGGCUAUACAAAAACCCUUUUGCAAUCUAUUUUAACUUUUUUUUUUGGUCAUUUACCCUCUUCCUUUCUCUUUGCUUUGCAAAUUAAUAUAUAUCCAUGUAAAAGUUCCUUUACUGUUUAAAAUGGUGAUUUUGAUGUUUCUCGCAAUUUGGUAACCAGUUCCUAAUGGCUGAUUUUGGCCAUACCUGAAACUGGAUUGAGUGAUACAGCACCUUUAAUCCUUUACAUCCCAAGGGUGGCCAACAUCAAGUUGCUGCUAACAAAAUCAAUACAUAAUCAAGAGAACCGGUCAUGAGAAUUAAUAGCAUGAUCACCAAAGGGAAUGUGCUUUAGGGUUCUCUCAACUAAUUCUGGAGAAUGUGUAAUACAGGGGUUUCAAUAAGCACCGACGGCCGACAAAACAUGUCGGCUUCUUUGCUCAUAGAGGUCUGCUACUUUUUUUAAGGAAAGAAAAAGCAACUAGUAUGAGUAAUGGUUUAAACAAAAAAUAUAUCAUAAAAUCUGAAUGAAAACGUAAUUAUGAUUUGUUUUCCGAAAGGCCCACUGGUUUUACACUAUGCUUUAGUCAUGUGAACGCUAUAUUGCAGUCAUUUUUUUCAAAAGUUUCUUAGAGGUUUACGCAGAAUUUGUUUAGGUGCAAAAGUAUGUAAUUUAGUUUUCAUCAUUUGUUCAUUGCUCGUACGAAUUGAUUGUGUGACUGGUAAAUUGAAAGCUACAUUUUCUUGAAUGAAAAACACGUUCUUUUGUUCUCAAAUUUAGUCCCCAGAACACUGAAAAUCACAUUUUUUUUUUGAAAUUCAAAAUUUUCUGGGGCGGAAUGCACUUUGACCCCCCCCCCCCCCCCCCCCCCACCCCAGAACACAGAACCCCCGUCGCUUUCAGAUGUUUUUUUUCCCCCCAAAUUCCUCUUUUUUUUUUUUUUUUUUUAUAACCCCCAAAAAAAAAAAAAAUAUUAACAAGUAAAAAAAAAAAGAAAAAAAAAGACAAAGAAACAACACCAACACCACACAACCACCCAACGCCCCUCUUCUGUGAAAAAAAAAAAAAAAUUUUGUUUUUGUUUUUUGUUUAUUUCAUGUUGCAAUUUGAUGUGGGGGUGGUAAAAUUAAAAGUUAAUUUUUUUGAAUGAAAAAAACCUGUUUUUUUUUUAAAAUUUAGUCCCCCGAACACUGAAAAUCCUAUUUUUUUUUUUAAAUUUAAAAUUUUUUGGGGGGGAAUGGCCUUUGCCCCCCCCCCCCCCCUCCCUAGAAAAGGGGACCAAUGACCCCUUGUUGAUACAGUUGGUUACUCUACCCAAAUUGCUGGCUUCUUUAAUUUUUAUUGAAACCCCAGGUAACACUAUGUGGAUUAUGUCACAGGUCAAAAAAUACAAUAAAAUUACAUUCAGGUUGGAAUUUUUUAACCUAGGUUGAUUCUAAAUUUCCUUUGUCUCCUAGCCCUAAUUCAUGAAUAAUUAGGGCUAGGAGACAAAGGAAAUUGAGAAUCAACCGUGGUUGAAAAACAUACCUGAAUAUAAUUUUGACCUGUAGCAGAUAUUGGGGCUUAAUUUUUUGGGUCAGCAUAAGUUGACCCAGCUGUUCAAGUUUUAAUCCAUGUCCAUCCUUGGCUUGCUAUCCUUUGCAACAGAUGGCAGAGAAACGUUUUGGUGCCUAAAUAUUAUGGUCUUCAAAAACAAAACUGGACCAUUAUUGUUGGAAUUCAAUUAAUUUAGGACAUGACUUGUUUACGCUUUCAGAAACAUAGCAAUAAUUUGUGUGACAUUAAAACCCCUUUAAAUAGAUUUAGUAGUUAAUAAUGGGUUAUUCAGUCAAGUAUUCUGUGCUCUUUCCUCACAGAAGUGAGAUAUUCGUUGCGCCUUCUGGUGUUCAAAAGGAGAGAAUUAAGGUAAAGCAAUAGAUAUUACUGUGAUGGGAAUGGAUAAUUCAGAUCAUGAGGGUAGUACAAUGUUCAUAAAAAUGCAAACAAAGAGAUUUUGUUAUGUUACUGUACUUUUACUGUUAUGUUCAAACAGGGGGUUGUGGGUAAUCUCCUACAGUAUGCAGCUGGAUUCUUUGUACCUUAGGUAAAGACUUGACCAACAGCAGAAACAGUGCAUGAAAAGUCUCUGGUGCUCAGGAUAGUUGGGGAGGACAGGGUGGCAGAAGCUCAAGCCCCAGUUGUUUGAAAGGUGGAUAACACUAUCCAGUGGCUUAAUUUCUAAGUGGAUAAUGCAACUGGUAAUCAUAUCAUAAUACUUACAAAGUAUAUGCUGAAAAUUGAUUUGUCAGAUGGAUAAUGCUAUCCAACAUUUAAACAACUGAGGCCAUCAGAAUACAUAGGGGACAGGAAGGGUACGGGAAGUGGGAGAGGGAAGAGCGGGAGGUGGGAUUUCUGAAAGGGCUGGGACUGGGCAAAAUAGGAGGGGGGGAAUAAUGUGACAAUACUAAAUACAUGUAAUUUGCAAUCAAAAAGGGCUAUGCCUGAAAAGAGGAAGCAAGGAAAAAAAUGGCGUGGGAGCUGGAAAUGCUACUUAUGUGGCGCAGGCGGCAUGAAGUUGCGCCCUGUCUUCUUACAGAGUAGAUUGUUGUUUUGGCCCACAAAGCCUCUCUCCUAACAAACAACACAAAGAGUGGCUGCCUAGACUAGUUGAGUUGUGAAUGUGUCAAUGGACAUUAUCACAUUACUUGCAGCCACCUGGUGAAAGUCCUGUUGCUAGUGGCCACUUGGCAGGAUACAGAGUAAUUUCAGUACUAGAUUCUCUCACUGAGGUGUUUACUUUGGGAACUUCCUCUGUAUGCCAUAUGUACUACAGACUACAGAAUGAUGCCAGUGUCUCUUUAAAGUUUACGGAUUAAUAUGGUGUGUGAAAAGAUUGCUCAGAAAAAAAAAAUUUUCUUUCAGCCCGAAGACAUGUUUGUGUGUGAUAUGGAAGAAAAUGAGCUUUGCUCACCUCCUCCAGCGUAAGCAAGAAUUCUCUUUUUUUUCUUUAAAGCGGCUUUGUUACAGCUGUCUAGUUCAUUUUGCUAGUAUUGCCAAUUACACAUUCUUAUUAAGAAUGGAACUUAAAACGUUACAGGGGCGUAGCUACCUGUACCCACAGUAAGCACGUGCGUACUUGAAAAACCCGAAGGUACAAAAAUCACAGAAUAAAAAUAAAAAAAAUCGAUACUAAUAUAGAAAAACAAUUAUGUAAAACAUCCUUUAUGAAGAAAACACAGAUUGCCUCCAUUCAUUUACUCUCAAUCGUAAACAACAUGCAGAUAGUAAGCUUGCAUGGUAUAAAGCGUGAAAUCGUUGUUUUCACUUCAGCCUGUCAAAAUUCUGCAAACAUCAAAUACAGGCGUUCAUAUACAACAUGGUAAACAAAAGUAAAUAAAAGUAACUAGAAGUCUGAGAUACCAGCUUGUAAUUAAGCUUAAACAAUGAAGAGUGAUUGAGGUUCUUCAGUCAAUGAUCCAAAAAAAGAGGCGCAAGAAUAUUACAGUUUGCGUCAUUUCAUCAUUUCAUAUACAGUAAAAAGCGCUUGAAGCUUAGAACGAAACCUCACCUUUAAUCAAGGAACCAGAAACGGAUGUGGGACUUUAAGGGGUUGGGAGGAGGGAGGGAAGGGAUUGGGACAGGUGUGCGUACCUCUGGAAAAAUCCUGGCUACGCGGCCCCUGAUGUUAGUGAUGAAAUUACUGGCAAAUUAAUUACAAAAUUGCAGCUUCCUGUCAAACUGAUCAUACAUGUCCCCCAAGCAUUAAAUCAAAUACCACAGACAACAAAAAUAAACUUCAAAACACUGUUAUGCUAACACGUUUUUAUAAACGACUUUUUAAAAUCUAUUUUAAUUCUUGUUCAAGUUCGUCCAUCCAUGCCUUCUUUUGUAUUUGCUAUUUUAUUUAUACCUAAUUCUUUCAAUGAUGUUUUGAUCUGUUAUUUUUGUUUCACUCAAUUUGAUGGCAGCUUCCAGGUUUGAAUUUUGCUGAAUUUCAUGAUACAUUACAUUUCAUGAUUUCUGGUAUAUUAUAUUGUUGACGUGACACUUUUUUCACUUAUAGAAAAAAGCUCAAGAAAAGUCAGUGUACACCAUUGUUCAUGAAUGCGUACACAAUGAGAGGUAAUCACACAACAAAUUACUUUUAUUGUAAUAAUGUAUUUUGUAUUUCAUGGUAGAGUUGCAAAUAUUUACUACUUUUUCUUGAAAAGGGCAGAUGUUUAACUUAGUCAUUAUUUUGAACGGACAUCAAAUUAUGUAGAGCCCCCUCUAAGAUAGCUAAAUUUGAAAGGGACGACAGAUUUCCACGAAUAUCCCUGACAACUCAUGUUUUCUGCUAAAGGUGCAGGGGCCGUUAUUCACACGCAUUCAAAACACUGUGUCAUGGUGACUCUUCUGUAUCCCGGGAAGGAAUUCCGAAUCACUCACCAAGAGAUGAUCAAGGGAAUGAAGAAAGGCACCACAGGAAUCAAGUACAGGUUGGUUGUCCUGUGUAUCCAAAAGUUGCUCGUUUUAACCCUGUCUUCAUAACGUACUGUAUAUACUCAUGUUUUCUAUCCAUAAGAAACUCAAUUUAGAGAUGAUGUGGGCUCGAAUUAUUCUUUAAUGUCUAAAUUGUCUUCACCAAAAGUUAUAUUUGUCCUGCUAGCAGAGCUUUCUUCUCUGUGCGAAGUUGUUCGAGUCUCUGGUAUGAGAUAGAACUAGGAAAAGGAAAAAUCACUUUUAAUAGUGUAGUAAUGCCAUUCACUUCUCAUAAAUCACCAUCCACUGGAUAAGUGUUUAUAAACGGCUCCAUCAUCUGCAUCUGUUGUUUUAUUAAAGCAAGUUACUGUUUUUUGUCAGGUAUGAUGAAGAACUUGUGAUUCCCAUCAUUGAGAACACACCAGAAGAGCGAGACUUAAAGGUGAGAUAAGGCGCUGGAUAUUGAUUGUCUAUUUUGCCCUUUCAUUUCCGCGAAAUUAGAUGCCGGCUAAAAAAGCGUUAAUAAGUUAUACUUUUUUAGCAUAUGGUGGUUCAGCUGCCAAGGGGAACCUUCAAGGCGAAAAUCGUUCUUUAGUGUUCUCCAUAAGUACUGUCGGCAUCGUUUCAAGUAAUUGAAAUCCAAGUUAAGGUUCGUUUUAAUUUUCUUCAAGGAAAGCAUGGCAAAAGCCAUGGAAGAAUACCCAGAUUCCUGUGCGGUCCUUGUUCGUCGCCAUGGAGUUUACGUUUGGGGGGAGACGUGGCAGAAAGCUAAAACAAUGUGAGUACAAUAGCAUCAAUAUCUCUUUGAUUUGUAUAUAUUUAUCUUGAUCCUUAGGAAUAGAAUAAUCGCUGAAAGACAUGCUGAUCGUUUAGGUUGUUUGAGAGUUUAUCGCCGUUUGACAUUCAACGCCCAACGUUGCGUUGGUGUCUCGAAACGUGGCAACAAACAACGCAGAAACGAUAACCUUUUUUUAAUAGUCUGACAAUGGAAACAAUUUAAAUGAAAAUACGUCAAGUCGACGUCUUACAGUAAGGUUCAUGCCUUUGAUAAGACAUUAAUGCAAGUAAAUUAAAAAAUAUUACAAAUUGGUGCAGUAAACUGGAACUUUUUAUUUCUGACUCGCUGUCAUUUGAGCUAUGGAUGGAGUAGUUGUUGAUUAAGGGUUUAAUCAUUGGUGUUUUCAGGUGUGAGUGUUUAGAUUAUCUGUGUGAUAUCGCAACACGGAUGAAGCUAUAUGGUUUAGAUCCCACAGCGAAACCGAAAGAACAUUUCGGCAAUGGAAUCUGAUCGAAUCCCACUAAGCUCCGCCAUAUUUUUUGGAACUGAAAACAAUUCUGAGUCUCGGUUUGGGAACUGGGAAACAUGUAACCAUGGUGGCGAAGGGCUUAUACAGAGACUUGGUACCUAUUGGCUUAUGGGAAUGCUUGUUGCGUGGGCACAAGGGCUUUUGGGAAGGAAGCGAAUCGGCCCGCUUCACAUGGAUUUUCUCUGGGUGAUUUCAUCCGCUCGGGUUGGAUCGGAAGCCGUCGACAGCCGUGUUGAGGACCUCGCGUCCUCCUUGCCAGCGCUGUUCACAAUUUAUGUUCUAGAAUCAGCCAGAAAUGCGCGUGUUCGUUUAAGAGAAACUCAAAAUCAUUGUUUGCUACUAGUUUCACGAUGCUGGUCAUUAUGGCGAUAUUUUCGAGCUUCUACGCAGGAAAAACAGUUUUUAACUUACCUGUAUGUAUUCUUUUUCCAACACUAUGAGUACCGUAGGAAGGCACCUUUUUCCUGGCUUUUAAGGUGGCUCCGUAAUUAAUACUAGAGCAUUUUGCUGUGACAAAUUUUCCGUCAUGACUUUUUCGUUUUUAACGCGAUGGCUGCGAAACUUUGCAAACAGAAACAGAUAUCAUUCGGCAAUAAUACGAAAUGUUCCGAUUUCAUUGAUGGUAAAUAUUUCUUGAGAAAUUAGCGCUUAAAAGGACCCUACUGUUCAAAGAAAAUCGCGUCUAGUAAAAAANUAAUGUAUUUUGUAUUUCAUGGUAGAGUUGCAAAUAUUUAUUACUUUUUCUUGAAAAGGGCAGAUGUUUAACUUAGUCAUUAUUUUGAACGGACAUCAAAUUAUGUAGAGCCCCCUCUUAGAUAGCUAAAUUUGAAAGGGACGACAGAUUUCCACGAAUAUCCCUGACAACUCAUGUUUUCUGCUAAAGGUGCAGGGGCCGUUAUUCACACGCAUUCAAAACACUGUGUCAUGGUGACUCUUCUGUAUCCCGGGAAGGAAUUCCGAAUCACUCACCAAGAGAUGAUCAAGGGAAUGAAGAAAGGCACCACAGGAAUCAAUUACAGGUUGGUUGUCCUGUGUAUCCAAAAGUUGCUCGUUUUAACCCUGUCUUCAUAACGUACUGUAUAUACUCAUGUUUUCUAUCCAUAAGAAACUCAAUUUAGAGAAGAUGUGGGCUCGAAUUCUUCUUUAAUGUCUAAAUUGUCUUCACCAAAAGUUAUAUUUGUCCUGCUAGCAGAGCUUUUCGAGUCUCUGGUAUGAGAUAGAACUAGGAAAAGGAAAAAUCACUUUUAAUAGUGUAGUAAUGCUAUUCACUUCUCAUAAAUCACCAUCCACUGGAUAAGUGUUUAUAAACGGCACCAUCAUCUGCAGCUGUUGUUUUAUUAAAGCAAGUUACUGUUUUUUAUCAGGUGUGAUGAAGAACUUGUGAUUCCCAUCAUUGAGAACACACCAGAAGAGCGAGACUUAAGGGUGAGAUAAAACGCUGGAUUUCGAUUGUCUUUUUUGUCCCUUUCAUUUUCGCGAAAUUAGAUGCCGGCUAAAAAAGCGUUAAUAAGGUAUACUUUUUUAGCAUAUGGUGGUUCAGUUGCCGAGGGGAACCUUCAAGGCGAUAAUGGUUCUUUAGUGUUCUCCAUAAGUACUGUCGGCAUCGUUUAGGGUAAUUGAAAUCUAAGUUAAGGUUCGUUUUAAUUUUCUUCAAGGAAAGCAUGGCAAAAGCCAUGGAAGAAUACCCAGAUUCCUGUGCGGUCCUUGUUCGUCGCCAUGGAGUUUACGUUUGGGGGGACACGUGGCAGAAAGCUAAAACAAUGUGAGUACAAUAGCAUCAAUAUCUCUUUGAUUUGUAUGUAUUUAUCUUGAUCCUUAGGAAUAGAAUAAUCGCUGAAAGACAUGCUGAUCGUUUCGGUUGUUUGAGAGUUUAUCGCCGUUUGACAUUCAACGCACAACGUUGCGUUGGUGUCUCGAAACAUGGCUACAAACAACGCAGAAACGAUAACCUUUUUUUAAUAGUCUAACAAUGGAAGCAAUUUAAAUGAAAAUACGUCAAGUCGACGUCUUACAGUAAGGUUCAUGCCUUUGAUAAGACAUUAAUGCAAGUAAAUUAAAAAAUAUUACAAAUUGGUGCAGUAAAGUGGAACUUUUUAUUUCUGACUCGCUGUCAUUUGAGCUAUGGAUGGAGUAGUUGUUGAUUAAGGGUUUAAUCAUUGGUGUUUUCAGGUGUGAGUGUUUAGAUUAUCUGUGUGAUAUCGCAACGCGGAUGAAGCUAUAUGGCUUAGAUCCCGCAGCGAAACCGAAAGAACAUUUCGGCAAUGGAAUCUGA